ACAGCCACCACUACCACCGCCCUCACAGCAUCAUCAACGGAAUCUCUCGACCGCCUCAUCGUGUAGUGCCCAACACAAAAGUGUAACCUUCAGUCAAGUGCCGUCGAAUAGUGGCGAUUAUAGUGCCGGCAGCAGUAGUGGCAAUUCCAGUUGUGGUGGUCAACAAUCAAUGGCGGGCAACAUGAAGCACGGAAAAUCACAAGAAGACGUCUGCUACGUAGUAGCCAAAUACGAUUAUGCAGCACAGGGAGCACAAGAAUUGGAUUUGCGAAAAAAUGAACGUUAUCUGCUGUUAGAUGAUACCAAACAUUGGUGGCGUGUACAAAACAGUCGUAAUUUAUCCGGAUAUGUGCCCAGUAAUUAUGUGAAAAAGGAAAAACCAUCACUGUUCGAUAGUAUUAAGAAAAAAGUGAAAAAGGGUUCCGGCUCCAAAACCCUACCCAAUUGUUCGCCAUCAAGACAAAUCGAAAGUCCAACAAUGUCACGAAGACUGCCACCCGAUCCAUCAGAGGCUAUCGGCUCAGCUAUUGUUAAAUAUAAUUAUCAAGCCCAACAGCCCGAUGAACUAUCACUGACCAAGGGUACACGAAUAUUGAUAUUGGAAAAAUCGAAUGAUGGCUGGUGGCGGGGACAAAGUGGUAAUGCCGUUGGCUGGUUUCCAAGCAAUUACACAACCGAAGAUUGUGAUAAUGAUGGUGAAAUACAUACAUAUGCAAUGGCUGAGAAUGUAUUAGAUAUAGUGGUCGCUUUAUAUAGUUUCAAUUCCAAUAACGAUCAAGAGCUCUCCUUCGAAAAAGGCGAUCGUUUAGAGAUUGUGGAUCGUCCAGCCUCCGAUCCCGAUUGGUAUAAGGCACGCAAUAAUCAAGGUCAAGUCGGUUUAGUUCCACGCAAUUAUUUACAAGAAUUAAAUGAAUAUCUAAGUACCCCGUAUCGUAAUAAUGGUGGUGCUGCGGGCAAUGGUAAUAAUCCAGCCAAUGCCAAUGGUGAUUCAAUUGAUCGUCGGGCCGAUGGUAUGCCACAAAAUUCACCGCCACCCAUGGAACGGCCAAAUUUAGCUGGCAAAUCAUGGUAUUAUGGAGCCAUAACACGCAGUCAAUGUGAUACGGUACUGAAUCAGCACGGACAUGAUGGCGAUUUUCUAAUACGUGAUAGUGAGACCAAUAUGGGUGACUAUUCGGUUUCUCUAAAGGCUCCCGGACGCAACAAACAUUUCCGUGUCCAUGUGGAGAACAAUAUGUACUGCAUAGGCCAACGUAAGUUUCAUACUCUAGAUCAGCUAGUAGAUCAUUACCAAAGAGCGCCCAUCUAUACAAAUAAACAGGGCGAAAAAUUAUAUUUAGUACGACCGUUACCAAAAGCCAAUGGUACGUAA